GUUGAUUAGUUUGACAGCGGUUCUGUCGUACAGCGUUUGACACCAGUUUUAUCAGUUGCCUGGCUGACUGUUACUCUGCUGCCUGUUGAUAGUCAGUAGUCAUCGUAUCGCUUCCCACCGGUCGAAUGCAAACUGAGUAACUUCACAGAAGCUUUGCAACGAAACUGACGACGUGCGGAGUGAAACACAAACUGCUCUCUGACGGUAGCUGCGCGCCUCGAUGGACACUGUUCAGAAGUUGAUGUCUGGAUUUUCUCUGGACCUGGGACCAUUGAAAGAACCUCUUGGAUUUAUUCGUGUCUUAGAAUGGGUGUUCACCAUCUUUGCCUUUGCCACCACUGGAGGUUACUCCGGGACAACCCACUUUCAGGUCAAAUGUGCAGUGGUCCAGGAUGUAGAGCCUGUCUUUGCCUACCCAUUCAGGCUGCCAGCGCAGCCGUAUAGGUUUCCGAUAUGUAACGGCAGUCAAACCAAUGAGACCUUCCUGCAGGGCGACUUCUCCUCCUCGGCAGAGUUCUUUGUAUGCGUCGGCGUGUUUGGGUUCCUUUAUUGCACCGUCACACUGAUCCUCUACCUGGGCUACCAGAACCUCUACCGCCAGACCAGCCGCGGCCCCAUCGUAGACCUGGUGGUGACCGCUGCCUUUGCCUUCCUGUGGCUUGUGUCCUCCUCAGCCUGGGGCAAAGGCCUGACUGAUGUCAAAUGGGCCACUAACCCAGAACACCUAGUCACGAUGGAUCAAUGCAAGGGCAUCUGUCAGCCAGGAGAGUUCCCUUCCAUGGGCCGCCUCAAUGCCUCUGUGAUAUUUGGCUUCUUGAACUUGAUCCUGUGGGCAAGUAACUGCUGGUUCAUUUACAAGGAGACACCUUUCCACAAGGACCCAAACCCACCGGUCACCAUGGAGGAAGGAGGGGCCCCUGGGCCCUAGCCACUUCACUGAGGUUGCUCAAGCAUUGCCCCUGUGCCCACAGCAGAACCGCUUUGUGCCCAACACUGGUCUCUGAUGUUAACCUGCAGAAAUAGAACCAAAUGGAAGGCUUCAUCCCAAAUACCCCCCUAUACCUCCCGACACGUGUCACAACUCUUUUUUUUUUUUAGUCACGGGUCUUCAGCUCAAGUUGACUCUAUUCUGUAUUAUUUUCUCCUAAAUCUGACAUCGCGUUCUGUGUUUGGUGUUCAGAACAGCAGGCCUGCCGUGCAUUUGCUUCCACGUUAGCACACUGUCCUCCCUUUAUGUCCGCCCUUCAGGGAGCCACCUGAUGAUGAAGCUUUGAUGUAAAAACCCAGAGUCUCUACUGGUCUUCAGCCUGGGAGAAGCCAAAUGAUUAACAGAAGCUGAGAGCAAACAGCCAUCACCUUCCAUAAAAGCAAGUGUUGCUGCAAGAAACGCCAUCCAAUUUUUGUUUUUAGGUGGGAGCAAAUGCACACCAGGGGUUCUGAGCCCUCCUUCCAUUAAGUAUUCUGUAAAAGGACACGUUACAGUACAGAUUCCAAGUACUGUAACUCUAAACAUGUUGGUCACUUCAGUCUCAAUAGAUAUGUUGAAUGCUCUUUUCAUUCUCCUAGAUAGCAGUGCCCUGCUGUAUAAUCGGACUAAGGCAUGUGUUCUCUUCUUUUCUGAGCUCUGCCUCCGAGGCACCAGGCCAUCUAACGGUUUUAUUAACCAACACGCUGUUCCCCCCCCAAUGCUCUAAUCUACUGACAUUCAAUAUACUUUAUAACCCCAUUAGUGAUUCAGUUUCAACACUAUUUGAUUUUCUUGGGCUUUAAAAUAAUACAAACUAUUUAAAAAAGGAAAAAACCCUAGGAUAUACUCUACUUUAAUUGGGAGAGCAGAGACUUUCUUUUAAAAGUGUAAUUUCGGCUGAUGCUUCAGGUUGGUUGUGACAGCGUUUAUCUUCAGCCUGUAUCCAGAAGCCGGCUGGUUCUCCUCACGUUUACUCCAGUAGCUGUUGUACGUCACAGACGUCAGGCCAAACCAUGUUUAGUUCCUGUUUGAUCCAAAUGUUACAUCUACACUACUCCUCAACACUACUUGUCAUUCUGGUUUGAAUGAAAGGCGACUAGCAGUGACAUUAUUUAUAUACAGUUCAGAUGUAUUUUUUAUCUACACUAAUUGGUUCGUUUCAUAUUUUUAAAACAAUGUUGGGCUUCUGUUUGUAUUUCUCAAUGGAAACGUGUUGGUGUGCAGCUUCGCCUUGAAUAUCAUUUUUUUUUGUAAUGUCAGGUUUGCUGUUAAUUGUGUUGUACCACUAAGUAUCCUCAGGCUUAAUCGUGUGAUGAUAAAUAGUUCAAGUAACAAAGGAUUGAUGUAAUCUUGCUGUAUUUCUUAAUGGAUGCUGCCCAUUGUUGUGCUCUUCAUGUAACUUCACAGCCAUACAUUAGAAGGCUUUGUAUUGAACACCAACAGUCACUCUUUGUCGGCACGUUGAUUAUUUGCAUUGCACUAAGAGGGAUCUGAUGAUCUCUAUGAAGUAACAGUUCAGAGUUUUGGCCCACCUGUGCAGCUGUUCUAUUUCACCACCGUAGCCUUUGUGGGGAAUAAAGAUGGGGAAGUUUGAGUCACUGUAAUUAAAGUAGUUUAUUUUCCACAUCCUGUUGAAAUCAGACACAUAUUUCUUAAGAUGCUUUAUCAAUUUUAAAACAUAAUUUUAAUUUAAAUUAGGGCACAGUCAUAUGUGGGAUGUUUGUGUCAUGGAUUGUUGAAAUUGGACUUCAUAUAUUGAUGCCCUGUCUGUGCUAAAGGAAACAAUGGUUUAACUGUAUUAACAAGUGUAAAACAGAGCUGUAACUGCUGGAUUCUGUCUCCUCUUUUUAAUCACAUUGCAAAAUGGCUUUAUAAAUUAGAACAUCUGCACACCGGACAUUUAUGUGCAGAAUUAAAUAUGUAAAAAAGAGCAUCUUUCAUGUUAGUUUUAUGGUAUAUGUAUUAUGGAAAUUAGACAAUCCUGUUUGGUCUACAUGUGUGUUGCUUCCAGCGUCUGGAAGUGUCUUUAACAUACUAACACUGGGAAGUGCCAAACUCAGAAAUUCUACAAUUCCACACGUAAUGACUUCAGUUUCCUGUUUGGAUCAUCAAUCAGUUAAUAAUCAGUUAAUAACACUAGUUGGCCAAAUGUGUGUAGAGAUAAAUUAAUUCACCCAACUGUUAUUUGGGCAAGGGGUUAACGUUAAAGAAAGUAGUCAGCUUCCUCCCUCUGGCAGAUUCAUGCCAGAGCUGAGUCUCUCCCUUUCUCCUGCCUCAGCACCACUCUCUCUUACCAGCAGGAAACAUGGAGGCCAUGAGGGAAGGACUGGCUAGAAUGGGAUGCUACCAUAAUAGACAUGCUAUACAUGCUAUAGAGAAUUGGCCCCCAGCCUUUUGAGCUUGCAACCUCUUAGAGUUAAGCAAAGCCUUUGUGUGAACAACUGGCUUUAAGAGUUGGAAACCUUCCACAAUAAAAGC